AUGGAAGUCGACUCUGAGAAACCAAGUCAACAUUCCGACGAUGCAUCGAACAAAAAGCCCACGUUUGGCGAAGUCACCACCGAAGCCGACGUCGAAGUCGGCAGCGCUCAACUCAUCACAGCCGGAUCCCAACAACUCCAUCGCAAAUUAGAAUCCAAGGAAGUCCAACUCUUCGCGAUAGGAGGCGCCAUUGGGACGAGUCUGUACGUGCAAAUGGGCUCGGCUCUACCAAAGGGAGGACCGGCUGGGCUGUUCAUAGGCUUCGUCGUUUGGGGCGCCGUUAUGUUGUGUGUGAAUGAAUGCUUCGCCGAAAUGGUUUGCUAUGCUCCGAUACCAUCGCCGUUCAUUCGCCUGGCAGGGCACUUCGUUGAUAAGAGCUUGGAAUUCGCCAUGGGAUGGAAUUUGUUCUUGAACAUGGCUCUGUUGAUCCCGUUCGAGAUUGUCGCCUUCAACAUCCUGCUGGGAUUCUGGACUGAUUCUGUACCCGUCGAAGCGAUUAUCGUCGCCAUUAUGGUGGCAUAUGCGGUUUUGAACGUCGUCUCUGUUAAGUACUUUGGUGUCGCUGAGUUCUAUCUGUCGAUCGGAUUCCGGUACUGGAAUGACCCAGGAGCCUUCGUCGAACACCUGGUCCCUGGCUCAACAGGCCGCUUUCUGGGCGUCCUUUCGUGUAUCGUGCAGGCCACAUUCUCGAUCUGCGGACCAGAAUACAUCUCAAUGGUAGCCGGCGAGACCGCCAUGCCCCGGAAAGUCCUUCCAAAAGCGUUCCGAUCGUUCGUAUGGAGGAUCCUGCUCUUCUUCGUCUCGUCUUCCCUCGCGAUGGGUAUCAUCAUUCCAUACAAUGAUCCGACAUUGAACGCGGUCCUGGAUGGAAACAUUGGAGGAAGCGGAACAGGUGCCGCAUCGCCGUAUGUGAUUGGAAUGGAUCGACUCAAGGUAUCUGGCUUGCCGCAUGUCGUCAACGCCCUCAUCAUGACGUCUGUGUUCAGCUCAGGGAAUGGAAUCUUCUUGGCGGCCACACGGACGUUGUAUGGUAUGGCGAUCGAUGGGACAGCGCCGAAAUUCUUCUCAAAGACCCUGAGAAACGGUGUGCCGAUAUACACAGUCCUCAUGGCCCUGGCAUUCUGCUGUCUGGCAUUCCUCCAAGUCAACAGCUCGAGCGCUGAGGUCUUGACAUGGCUGGUGGAUCUGAUCACGGCCUGCCAGUUGUUGAAUUACGGAUCGGUCGCCUUCACCUACCUUCACUUCCAUGCGGCUGUCAAGAAGCAAGGGAUCGAUCGGCGGACAUUACCUUAUCGCGGAAAGUUCCAGCCAUACACGGCCUAUGUGGCCAUGAGCGGGUGCGGACUGAUGCUGUUACUGCUUGGUUACGACCUCUUCAUUACCGGGGGCUGGGAUGUCACGUACUUCUUCUUGGACUACACAUUUCUGGCAGCAUUUCCACUGGCACUGGCAUUCUGGAAGAUCAUCAAGCGUACGACGUACGUUCGGGCUGGAAAUGCCGAUCUUGAGGUCAACGGAUUGGUGCAAGAGAUUGAUGAGUACGAGCAAUACACGGCUGCUCCGUCUCCCAGCAGAAUUGCAGUGGUCACUGGCAAGUUGUUGAGAAGAUUGACGCUGAGACGGUAG